AUGAAGACCGCUUUCACUCUCGCUACCCUCGCUGCCAUCGCCACCGCCGCCAAGACCUUCGGCGUCCUCGUGUCGUCGUCGGGCACCGUCUUGCACUUGUCGCCCAUUGGCAUCCAGAACUCGCAAGUGAUCACCCCUGGCGGUGACGAGCCCCAGUUGGAACUCAACGACAAACAGCAAUUGAUCAACAAGAAGACCGGCAAGUACAUCGUUGUCGAAAACAACAUCUUGGUCGAAUCGUCGGAAGCCGGUACCUUGUGGACUUUGGAAAACGGCAACUUGACCCCCACCGCCGGCGCCUUGAUCGCCUGUCAAGAAGGCAACUACUACUUGCUUGGUGCCGAGCGUCAAUGCUCGGGUGGUAAGAUCGACAUCCACUUGACCACCGUUGACGUCAAGGACGUUGACGGCUCGCAAGACGGUGACCACAAGCAAGGCGAACAACAACAAGACCAAGGUGCUCAGAACCAAGGCCAACAAAACAACAACGGCACCACCGUCGUCGUUGAAGAGUGCCACGUCUGUCAAGAAAACCAACAAAACCAAGGCCAAAAGGGUGGUGACCACCCCAACGUCGAACAAUUCGAAAACGGCGCUGCUUCGGUCAAGGUCGGCAUUGCCGCCAUGGCUGCUGGUGUCGCCAUGUUGUUGUAA